CAUCGUCACUUUUUUUUGUCUUGCCCUUUUAUUUUGAGAAAAAUCAAAACAUGCAAGGUUUUUUUUUGUCAUCACCUCAAGGAUCCUCAACAUCAGAUCGCAGACUGGGCCAGGGGCAUGCUUCUCAUUCUAUUUCGCAGGAACCCGCACUCCUCACUCGUCUCUACCGCUUCCUGGGUUCCUUCUGCUCACUCGCAUUCCUUUUCAACAUCGUCCCUCAUCCAGGCAGGAAAAUACAUCUUUUACAAGAGGGCGUUCCAAAACACCGAGCGCAAUAACACACCCUUUCUCAAGCAAGCCUAUACUAACAACAUAAAAGAACUCGCCGCCAACAACGCCUAUCACCAGGACAACAACAUCAUGGCUACCAAUAAAGAUCGUCCUCUCAUUGUCCAAGGGAAACUGAGCAAAGCAGAGCGCAAGCGGCGGAAUAAAGAAGGUGGAUCGGCCGCAGUGCUCGGUAGUGGCAGCGGAGCAGUUGAUAAGUAUUCGACCUGGUCUAGGGAUGCGCUUUUGCAGAGAAUCCGGGAACUGGAGGGAGCUGCAAAUGGUUUUUCAUCCGAGACGUCGACUCCUAUUCAGGAAAGUAACGGUACCAUCGACAACAGCGAUGCAGUUUCCUCACGUCCAGACUCUCCAGCCCAAGGAUCGAGUGCAUCAACAUAUUCUUCGAUCGAGACGCCUAAACGCAAGGAUCGACGCCCCUUCGAUUUUUCGAAAUACGCCAAGCGACAUGUUGCUUUCAAGGUUGCCUACUUUGGUUGGCCCUAUGGUGGAUUUGCUUCCCAGGGCAUGGUGGAUAUCAAGACCGUGGAAUCAGAGCUGUUUAAUGCACUCUUAGCAGCCAGGAUUAUCGACGACCCAUCAGCCUGUAAUUACUCUCGAUGCGGAAGAACGGAUCGUGGUGUCAGCGGUUUGGGACAAGUGGUCGCCAUGACCGUUCGAUCGGCUCUACCAAAGAAUUCACCUCAUGUCAUCCGGUCUGAAGGAGAUGGAUUCGACCCAGAAGCACAGAAUCAGGAUGUCGGAUUGACUGUAGAAGAGCGGGAAGCCAAGGAUGGUGUGUACUGGAAGAACGGUAUCAAGCGGAACAAGGAUGGCAGCGUCUUUGGAGAACUCGCCUACUUAAACAUCAUCAAUCGCCUCUUGCCGCCUGAUAUCAGGAUCAUUGCCUGGGCCCCUGUCCCAGAAGACUUUAACGCCCGUUUUAAUUGCGCUUGGCGUGAAUACAAGUACUUUUUCCCCAAGGGCUUUAUCGAUAUUGAGCGCAUGCGUGCAGGAGCGGUCAAGUUUCUGGGCACACACGACUUCCGCAACUUUUGCAAAUACGAUGCUUCCAAGACGAUUGAAAACUACGACAGGACGGUUUUUGCGAUCUCGAUCGACCCUGUUUCUGAGCACGAGUUCCCCGAAAAGGCAGGUCGCGAGUUCUAUCAACUGACGCUCAGAGGAUCAGCGUUUUUAUGGCAUCAGGUUCGGUGUAUGAUGGCGGUGUUGUUCUCGAUCGGCCAAGGACUAGAGGAACCCGAAAUCAUCGAUCAAAUGAUGGAUCUGAAGCAGUGUCCUGCGAAGCCUAACUACGAUAUGGCCUCAGAUCUGCCUUUGGUGCUGUACGACUGCCACUUUGACAACGUUGAGUGGCAGUACCAAACGGAGGUGGAUCUCGUAAGCGACAUCACCCCACUAAGACUUUACCGAGCUAUGGAGGAUAAGUGGUCGUGCUACGUCACAAAGUCAUUGAUGUACUCAAGGAUGUUGCAACAGCUUGAUCAGGCUAUGCUAUACAACCUACCAGAGAAGGGGGACAAGAUUCUGCUAGGAGAGUAUGUGGAACAAAAUGCCACCAAGGAAAACAAUAUCUCGCUUGGUGGUGAUUUACGCAUGUUCAUGGGCAAGAAAUACGCUCCGCUCCUGCAACGCCAAAAAUGUCUCCCGACGGAGGUCAAAUCCAGGAAGCAUCAGGAAAAGAAGCGACUGAAGAUGAGUUUAGCAGAGAGCGAGAACAAUAGUGCGGACAAUAGCGAAAUGGACUCUCCACGACUUCCUUCAACGGCAAGUUUGGAUUCCACGUCGCAACUACCCUCAGCAACGGAGUCAGCAGCAGGUUCUGCUGGGGAGGCGCCUUCAACAUAAACACCGUAAAACACAUACACAAUCCUUUUGUUGGCAAAAAAAUAAAAAAAAUUGGUGGCGUUC